AUGGACGGCACUGCCAUCGUGUCGGAUGACCACUUCGAUCCCCCUUCGCGUCUGUUCGAGCGUCUCCGCCAGAUUGCUGGUUAUACCUGGGAUGAGUCCAGACUUCCCUUCCACACAUCCUAUGACAUUUGGCACGUAUGUGGCACCAGAUUCGUGUCACCCUAUCAACCUUCCUCAUCAUCCCACCCCGCCUCCAGUCCUGGAUCAACCGCGAGACUCCAGUCCGGCCGACCAUCACCCUCAGAGCAUGCGAGCUCCACGAGCCUGCACUCCGGUCUACCCAGCGAUGCUAGCAGCGACUUCUCUGCCACCUCUCCCCCAGCCAGCCAGGCUACUGGUGCCGAAAUAUCAUACAUAGAAGAGCCCGUGGUGGCUCGCGUCUCAUACCACGUCCUUCGUGAAGAGAGGGCGUUCCAUAUCGCCAAAAACCUAUUCGCUACAGCUGAUCCCAAUGGCCACCACAUUGUCAAGCCACUCGAUCUCAUCCGUCUCGCGCCUCACCCGGGCGACCGCGGUUCCAUUGUGGUUGCAAUCUACCAACACCCCGGCCAGAACUACUUGUUUGAUUUGAUAGACCUGGGACCAGCCUUUUACAAGGCAAGGAAGGUGGAUGACAGAUAUGAAGCUUAUCGUAGAGACAAACUUCAUCUGAAAGAGCCCAUCAACUUACAAGAAUUCCUCGAUUUCGCGAUUGGCGCAAGUCAGUGUCUUGAAAUCCUCCACUACGGGCAGGUCAUCACCCACGGAGAGAUUCGCCCUGAUUCCUUUCACUUCAAUAUCGACACGAAUUCUGUCAAACUGAUCAAUUUUGGUACGGGCACGAGGUCAUUCGAGGGCGGCUUGUCGAGUACGUCCUGGUCAAGCUUAUCGAAAGAGCUAGGCGCCAAGAACAAGCUCCUCUAUAUCAGCCCCGAGCAGACCGGACUGCAGCAGUUCUUGACCGACGGUGACUGGCUGGCACUCAAGGAGUGGAAGAUUGGAGAGAAGGAUAUAUCAUCGUUCUUCAUCCUACCUAAGUUGAUUACUCAGAUCAUUGGAGCACGAAUGAAGAUGGUCGUCAUCAUAACAUACCGCCCUGAGGAGCUGUCCCCCGAGCGAGUACAGUCCAUCAUUCAGCCUCCUGAAUCUGAAGAGGAGGUCAUGCCGCUGGCCAUAGUCAUACAGUCGAAAACCGCAGGAAAUCCGUUUUAUAUGCGGGAGAUGCUAAGCGCUUGUUACCGGAAAAGGUGCAUUUGGUACGACUACAGGGACAGCAACUGGCACUUCGACCUUGACAGGCUUUUUGAGCACUUCCAGGGCGAAAGCGAUUACGACAUACUUGACACGGGUUUCAUUACCAGGAGGCUAAAUGAGUUACCCCCAUCUUCUCGAGCGAUACUUACCUGGGCUGCACUGCUUGGCUCAUCCUUCUCAUUCGAGCUCAUCACCAGACUUCUGAGCGGGGAAUUCCAGUACGAAGAUGAAACCACAUGCCGGGGUCCCGGAAACGAGCGAUAUCACGCAUCGUACUCUCAACAAGAAGCAGUCAACGGUCUUCAAGCUGCCGUUCAGGCCUACAUUAUCGUCCCUAGCGAGACAGACGACAGGUUCCGGUUUGCCCAUGAUCGAUUCAUUCAAGCGUCAGCAGCGCUCAAGGAGUGCAAUGCUCGAAAGAUGCACUUCGUCAUCGCGCAGACUCUUUUGAAAUACUACUCCGCAGAUCCUAGGGCAAAGGACAAUACAGCCUCGCAUAUUUGUGAAUCUGUUGACAUUAUUAAAAAGCGAGUCCCUCGACGCGAGCCAUACCGGAAGCUGCUGUUUGACUGUGCACAAGCCGCCGUCGAGAAUUGCGCCAGGCCAACAGCAUCAAAGUUUUACAGCACAGCAGUAGCGCUGUUGCAACCGGAUCCGUGGAACGACGAGCUCGAGGAUGUAUCUUACGAUGAGACCAUGCAGCUACAUCUUCGCGCCGCCGAGUGUUAUCUUUACAUGGGAAAUCACGGAGCAGCUAAUGCCCUGCUCGAGACAGUUUUCAGAUGUGCUCGAAGUCCCUUAGACAAAGCACCAGCCUAUGUCCUGCAAUCGAGAACAUUGGCUCAGAUCGGAAAUGCAAAGGGGGCAUUGGCAUCAUUGAGAGAGUGCCUUCGCGCACUGGACGUCGAAUUUGAUGACGAUCCGACGUUUGAAAAGUGCGACGACCAGUUCGAGAAAAUGUCCGUCAGGAUUCAGACGAUGGACAAAACCGAGCUUAUGAACCCAACACCAUCGCUGGAUCCCGGCUUGCCGUCUAUCGGAGCAGUACUGGCAGAAACUGUCAGCGCGGCAUGGUGGAGCGACUAUCUUCGGUUUUAUCAGCUUUCCUUGGUUAUGCUGGAGCUCCAUCUCACUCAUGGCGCCUUCCCGCAGUCUGGAAUGGCGUUUCUGCAUCUCGGAAUCAUUGCUCUCGCUAGGUUCAACAUGGUCAGUUUCGCAGUCGAGGUGGGCAAUGUCUGCAUCGAACUGCUUGGUCGAUACCGAGACCCAUUUUCAAUGGCCAGAGGUUACAUGCUCUACGCAAACUUCAUCGGCCACGUACAGAUACCGGUGGCCGUUGCGUUAAAUCACUUGGAGGGGUCUGUAGAGUAUGCCGCAGCAGCCGGCGACAGAAUCUCUUCCAUCCUCAGUUUCGGCCUGGCAGCGCAACUCAAGUUCUUUUCGAGCGAGAACUGCUCUGAUCUGGAAGCGUUCUGCCAGUAUGGUUGCGAAGAGAUUCCAAACUGGCAUCAGGAUACAAGAGGCGGCACUCUGCUUAUCUCAAUCCGACAGGCUUGUCGCGCUUUGCAGGGGAAAACCCGCACAACUGAGCCGCUAGAUGUUAUGACAGACGACCAGCACAAUUCCGCAACCUACAAGGCUUGGCUAAGAACCAACACCCAAAAUGGCAAUCGCUCCAUCCUCUGGUACGAGAGCAUUGAGAUCGUGCCUCUGUUUAUCUAUGGCCAUUACGACCGAGCCAUUGAGGUCGGACAGGCGUGCUACGAAAGCGUUCAAAACCUAUGGUCUGCGCGGAACAGUAGGCUGGUGAUCUUCUUUUACGGUCUUGCCCUCGCCGGUCGCAUGCUCCGCAGACUCAAUGACCCUCGGUUAGACCCGAACGACUUGAUCGAGGAGACAGAGGACACUGUAUACAAGCUCCGGGAACUAACGAAGAGGAUCAAGGAAUGGGAAGUGUACACUGACGUCAACUACCUCUCUUGGUCCAGAAUAUUGGAAGCGCAGAUUGACGAGUUAACCUGCGACUAUGGUGGAGCCGUCAAACUGUACGAGGAAUCCUUGGACAACGCUGAGGAGCACAAUUACUUAUUUGAGGCGGCUUUGGGUAACACGCUGAUGGCAGGCACACUCGUCAGGCGUAAAGCUCGCAGACUGGCGCGGUCGGCUUUCAGGGAUGCCAUCGCCUUCUACCGACAAUUUGGUGCUGUGGCUGUGGCUGAGCGCCUGGAAGAAGAGCACGCGAUUCUAUUACACAGUCCGACGAGAAACCCGCGGACGACGGACGCCGCUGUCCAGACUGAUUUCGCUGGAGACAGCAGUGGUGUCGACUAUCGUGCUGUCGAUGGCGAGGAAAAUCAAGAUGCUUUGCAGCAUGCGAAUCAAACUGCCAUCGCCGAUAUCAAAGGCGAGCGCAUAGGGGCAUGGCGCGGCUCGAUGCAUGAACACAACGAGCCUGGGGCAGGUCUGCCUGCCCUUGAUAUGAUCGAUUUGCACGCGAUUCUGCUCUCGUCACAGGUCAUUUCAGGAGUUCUUCGGGUCGACGAGCUGCUGAAGACCAUGUGCGACGUUAUCCUGCAAACUUGCGGCGGUUCAGCUACGCUUGCAGCCAUUGUGGUCCAGGACUCCGAUGAAUCAGGUUGGUGUCUCGCGGCAAGUGGCGAUCCCGAGAGAGGUGCAUCGGCGCACAUACCAGGGCUUCCCCUGGCGGGCACAUCUCUCGUUGCGGAGAACGUCAUAUUGUACUGCACUCGCUUCCGCGAAGCCGUAUUCAUCCCGGACAUCAUUAGUGAUGAGCGGUUUGGCAACGUGAGUGAGGCUUGGCUUCAGAGAAACGUAUUGAGCAAAGCUAUCAUUGCUAUUCCCAUUUGUCAUGGCUCCAAGCCGCUCCUCGGCGUCUUGUAUUUGGAGGGCGAGCCGGGCUCUUUCACUGACCGCAACGUAUCCGUCCUACAGUUGCUAGUCAAUCAGAUUGGCAUUAGUUACUCCAAUGCCCUGGCAAUGAAGGCGGUCGAGAAGGUAUCAGCAGAAAACGUUUCAAUGGUUUCACUUCAGAAGCGUGCUCUCGCCAAGGCGUUGGAGGCAGAGACCAAAGCCAAACAUGCCGAGGCUGAAGCCAAGCGAAAUGUCAAGCUGGCCGAAGAGGCUGCCAAGGCCAAGUCAAUAUUCCUGGCCAACGUUUCUCACGAGCUACGGACACCACUCAACGGCGUCAUUGGCAACUCAGAACUACUCAGAGACAGCAACCUGGACAAGGACCAACAGGAGAUGGCUGAUUCAAUAAGAGUAUCGGCCGACUUGCUGUUGACGGUCAUCAACGACAUUCUCGACUUCUCUAGAAUGGAGGCCGACAAGAUGAAGCUAUACGUCAUUGCCUUUAAUCCAGAGGAAAUGGUCCGGGAGGUUGUUCGCGCCGUCUCUUACAGCAACAGGCAGAAGACGCAGCGAAGAAAUGUCAAGAUCAUCCAGGACAUCAACCUACCUUCGAUGCUCAUUUACGGAGACCCCAUCAGACUGCAUCAAGUCCUCGGCAACCUCAUAGGGAACAGUCUGAAGUUCACCGAAGAUGGUUCAAUCACCAUUGGUGCACGCGUCGAUUCUGAGACUAAGGAUAAAGCGACGUUGACCUUCAGGGUGCAAGACACCGGUAUCGGCAUUCCCCAGCAGCAACUUGCCAAACUCUUCCAGCCAUUUAGCCAGGCUGACAAUAGCACGGCGCGAAAGUACGGCGGUAGCGGUCUCGGCCUCAGCAUCUGCAAAUCUUUGAUCGAAACCAUGAUGAAGGGCAAAAUCCAGCUGGAAAGCCAAGAGAAUGUAGGGACCACUGCCUGGUUCACGGUUACGUUCGACAAAGCAAAGUCAGACGUCUCUGCCGGAGACGCACAACAGAUCAAAUCUCCGCCACCAGUGGAGCGUUCCGCUUUACCCGUCUCAGAGAGAAGAAUGACCUCUCCCAACCCUUUCCUGGAUCUCACUGCCAUUCCCAAAGAACAGAUCAGGAUAUGCAUUGCUGAGGACAAUCCGAUCAAUCAGAAGAUUGCCAUCCAGUAUGCUCAGAGACUGGGAUACACCACAGUAGACGCCUUUGAGAACGGUCUGAAGGCUGUCGAAGGCUUACGGCAAAAGGCAAGAGAAGGCCGGCCGUACCACGUGGUCCUCAUGGAUGUACAGAUGCCGGUGCUGGACGGUUACGAAGCGACAAAAAUGAUUCGUAAGGAUUCCAUCGACGUGGUGCGCAAAGUGUUGGUUAUCGCCAUGACAGCGUCAGCUAUUCAAGGAGAUCGAGAGAAAUGUCUAGCGGCUGGUAUGAACGAUUACCUGGCAAAGCCUGUUCGGUCUGAAGUGCUAAAAAAGAAGUUGGAUACCUACGUUAGCCCCCAGGCAUCCGUAAGCGAUAAUACCGCAAAUAUUGGGGAAUUUCCGAGUUGA